AAAAAAUUGAAUGAUGGCGAUGAGUUUAAAGUUAAUGAUGAUGGGGGUGAAGCUGCAGAUGGUAGAGCAAAUGAUUCUAAAAAUCACCAUGAAAAUGAGAUAAAUAAUUCUAAGAUAGGGAUAAAUAUGAGAAACACAUCACAAUGA